AUGCUUCCCAGCCGAGGCCUCCUAAGGUCGACCCCAGCUUUGGGGCUCGCCAGAGCAUCCUUCAAGGCCCCUUCGUCGCGACAGUUCGGCACUGCUCUGCGCACUUCCUUCCCCCAGGGUUCUCGCAGGAUAGGAGGCCCUCUCGGCGUCACUGCGACUGCUGCCGCUUCCCACCAGCUCCUCUCUUCUCUUCGUCAAGUCCGCUACGCCUCGACCGGUCCUGAUGCCGCUGCCACCGAUGCCGCCGCCGCCGCCGCCGCUCCCGCUUCCGCGCCCGUCGAUGCUGUCGCCGCUACCCCCGUCGAGCUUACCGGCAGCGAUCUUCUCAACCUCCCCGAACAGAUCGGCUUCCUCAAGACCCUCGGCCUCGACUAUGGCUGGGGUGUUACCUCGAUGAUGCAAUGGCUUACCGAGCACGUCUACGUCUACUCUGGUCUUCCCUGGUGGGCCACUCUUGCUGCCGUCGCUGCCAUCGUCAGAGUCGCCAUCUUCAAGCCCUCUCUCGGCGCCUCGCAGGAGUCCCAGAAGAUGCAGGAUCUCAACAAGAACCCCAGAUAUGCCGCCAUCAUGGCUAAGGUGAAGGAGGCCAGCUUCGACACUACCAAGCAGAACGACCUCGUCAAGUAUAGGCAAGAGAUGGCUCUCAUGACCAAGAAUGCCGGCAUCAACUACUUCAAGGUCUUCAUUCCCUUCAUUCAGGUUCCUAUCGGUUUCGGCAUGUUCCGUCUUAUUCGUGGAAUGGCCGCCCUUCCUGUCGAAAGUCUGGAGACUGGUGGCACCCUGUGGUUCCCCGACCUUACUGUUGCCGAUCCUUACUUCGCCCUUCCCAUUGCCAGUGCCUGCCUGUUUGUUGCCUCUAUGAGGAAACCCAUCCCUUACAUGGCCGCCCAGCAGGCGCGCAUGAUGAAGUCGAUGGGUCUUGUCCUUGUCCCCAUCUCCAUCUUCGCUACCGCGUGGCUUCCCGCUGCCCUGCAGUGGUACUUCCUUGUCUCCGCGAUCGGCCAGUACUUCCAGGCCAGCAUCUUCCACCUUCCCGCCUUCCGCCGGUGGGUUGGUCUCCCCGAGCUUGUCCCCGGCGGCAUGCGUGGGCCUUCCCCCUUCGCCAAGGCGGCUCCUAGCGGUGCCAUUCAGUAUGUUGCGCCUAGGACGAUGGAUACCACCGCCACCCCUGUCGACUCGGGCUCCAUCCUCGGCGACAUCAAGGACUCGAGCAAGUUUGUGAAGGAGAAGCUUGAGGACUGGAAGAAGAAGAAUGAGAACACCAACAUCCACUCGCGUGCCAAGGAGUAUGAGGAGAGGAGAGCGUUGGAGGAGCACGAGGCCUAUCUUGCUCGUCUCGAGUUGAAGAAGCAGAAGCAGAAGGGGCGCAAGAACAACUAA